GCAAGCCUCCUGUUUGUUUGUGUAGCUCGAGGAUGAAAAUGGCGGUGGGGACAGAUCAACGCGAGAAUCAAACACACAAAUGACCAUUUGACUCGGAUGACAGCAGCACGGCGGCUCCAUGAGGGAAUAAAGAAGUAGCUUAUCGUCAACAAAGUGCAUUAACAACAACUAACACCCUGAGUUUAACAAGGGAAAACUGCGUCUUGGAUUUAAAAUAGCUCCUGAAUUUAGCCCGCUAACCUCGUUAGCUUAGCUAGUCUCUAACUAGAAUGUUUAACUGACACCACAGCACCGCAUCAACAGAAAUAUUUUGUCAGAAUAAGAUGGACUGCGCAUUUCUCGAUUCAUCUCUCAAAUGCAAGCUCAGUCGUAGGCGCUGGGCUUGCAGAAAUAUUUGCAUCUGAUUGAAUGCAUAACUAAUCGCCCCAUCUGGCAAUAUUAGCCUGCAAACACCAUACUCCGAGCCUUCUCAAAGUUCAGCGAGCAUCUGUAAGAGGAGAACGGACCAAAAAGGUUGCAUUGAGCGCCAUAUUUCCUCCUGCCUCCCCUAGUGGGAUGGUUCUGCAUGACAGGGAGGGUAUGGUUCUGUAACCCCCUCUCUGUUCUCCAGUUCCCAUCUCGUAAACCCAUUGGACCACAGCCAUAGUGUUCCCUUCAAUGAACAUCCCUCCGGAGCUCUAGAUCAAGUUACACUGGGUGUCCAUUCUCCACUGCCUCCCCCCGGUGGGAUGGUUCUGCAUGACAGGGAGGGUGUGGCACCAUAGCCCCCUCUCCUUGAGAUCUCUCCCACCCUAACCCAGUGGACCACAGCCAUAGUGUUCCCCUCAAUGAGCAUCCCUCUGGAGCCCUAGAUCAAGUGUGCAUAUGCUGAAAAUGAGUGCUGCAGGGGAGAAUGCCCUUGACCCUGACACCCCAGAAUCACGGAAGAGGAAGGGUUCGCCAUGUGAUACCUCUGGUCUCAGUGUGGAGAAGAGACGGCGGGAGCUGGAAUGCCGCUACAUUGACGAACUGGCUGAGUUACUGUCAGCCAACAUGAGUGACAUUGCCAGCUUGAACGUGAAGCCGGACAAAUGCCACAUCUUAAAGAGCACCGUGGACCAGAUCCAGCAGAUCAAACGGCGCGAGCAGGAGAAAGCAGCUCUGAUGUCUCCAGAUGAUGAGGUGCAAAAGAGUGACAUAUCGUCAAGCAGUCAGGGCAUGAUGGAGAAGGAAGCCCUUGGGCCACUUCUCUUGGAGGCCCUGGGUGGCUUCUUUUUCGCCGUGAACCGUGAGGGGCGCAUUGUGUUUGUGUCUGAGAACGUCAUCAGUUAUCUGGGUUAUACCCAGGAAGAGCUGAUGACCUCCAGCGUCUACAGCAUCCUACAUGUGGGUGAUCACAACGAGUUUGUGCGCAACCUGCUACCCAAGAGCCUUGUAAAUGGUGUGCCAUGGCCUCAGGAGCAAGGCCGAAGGAACAGCCACACGUUUAACUGCAGGUUGCUGAAAAGACCUCCAGACGAGGUGGACUCAGAGAACCAGGAGGCCCGACAACAGUAUGAGCUCAUGCAGUGCUUCACGGUCUCUCAGCCCAGAGCGGUGCAGGAGGAGGGCGAGGACCUGCAGAGCUGUUUGAUCUGUAUAGCAUGCCGAAUACCCCAUCCACCUCAGAUCCCUGUCAGUACAGAGUCCUUCAUCACCAAGCAGGACCCUACAGGGAAAAUCAUCUCUAUUGAGACGAGUGCUCUGAGGGCCACAGGCCGACCAGGUUGGGAGGACCUGGUCAGGAAGUGCAUCUACGCAUUCUUCCAGCCUCAGGGCAAUGAGCCCUCCCAUGCCAAGAAGCUGCUUCAUGAGGUGAUGACCCACGGCAUGGCCAUCAGUCCUCUGUACCAUUUCAAACUGAGUGACGGGACGUCCCUCAGUGCGCAGACACGCUGCAAAUUCUGCUGCCCCCCAAACCCAGACGUACAGCCCUUCAUCAUGGGCAUUCACACUAUAGACAGGGAACACAACACUGCUAGCUCUCAGGAAAACACUACCCCUAGCCUUCUGUCUCCUGCUGCCCCAGCCUCCCGCUCACCUGCCCUGCAGACCUCCAGUGACCUCAGCCUCCAUCUCAACAACAGCAAUGGCACCUGUGCCACUCCUGGACCCCCAACACCCACUCCGCCAGGCUACCUGACGCCCAGCCGCGUUGGGCCAUCCCAGCAGGUCAGCAGCCCCUCUCCACUUGGCAGCCCUCUCACUGCCACCCCUACCUCAUUCAUGUCGCCUCGACCUCUACGGGGCAGCCCAGGCCUGGCCAGCAGCCCACGUGUGCCCAGCCAUCCCUUUUCCCCCUCUGCGCCUGGCAUCCACUCGCCCGCUGGCGGACUGACCAGGCAGCAGUCUGGUGGCGACAGCAUCAGUUUCUCUCUCCCCUCUCCCUUACCCCCCAGACAGACUCCAACCCCUAGUAGCUCCCCAGCACUUCAGCCCCCGGCCAAACCGCCGGAAGCGUCCGCUGAUGAGCCAAAAGCUACUGCGGUGGGCAACCCCAAACUUAACCAGCUUUUGGACGGUGCCCCUGAACAUGACUCCCAACCCCGUCCCGCACCCGGGACCCAGUGUCCGGCUUCUCACAGUACUCUGACUGAGCGGCAUAAGAUUCUGCACCGCCUGCUCCAGGACAGCAGCCCUGCAGAUGCAGGCAAGGAGCCCGACGUCAAGAAAGAGCCCCCGACCAGUCCCAACGCGGCCUUGGUGGCACGGGGAAAUGGGAAGGAAACCCAGGACCACCAGCUGCUGCGCUUUCUGCUGGAUACGGAUGAGAAGGACCUGGAGGACUUGCCGCCUCCAGCCGUCUUUAGCCUCCAUACGGUCAAGGUAAAGGCAGAGAAGAAAGGGAGCAGAGAGAAUGUGCCCUGUGCCGCUGCUGCUGCCGCCACCACCGUGUCUGCAGUCGCUUGCUCGCCUCAAUCCAGUGACAAGCCCAGCCCGCAGUUUCCCAGCACCGAUCUGGACACUUUGAACCAGCUCUUGCCCACUUUGAGAAGCUCUGUGGGAGGUAAAGCAGCAGAGGAGCCAGUGCUCGUCCAGCCCAGUGAGGACAACAUUUCCAUCGGGUUGAAUGUGAAGAGAGAGUCACCAGGAACAUCAAGCCAAUCAUUCCCUGAUGGAUCAAACCUCUCAAAUCAGUCCUCUUUUGAGUUCUGUGACCCCUCUACACCAAACCAGGGUCAGGUCCAGGUGUCGGAUCUUGGGCAGACAGACCCAUUUCAGCCACCCAAGGAGAGCAGCAGCCCCUUUGCCAAUUCAACCAGCCUCAACUCUUUCAACACCAACACAGGUCUGGCCAAGCUGGAGCUUUCCGAGUCCCAGCAGUUCCAGCCCUUGUCCCUGGCUGAACCAAUGACCUUCGAUAGCAGCUUGGGCAACCAGACACAGACCCCUCUGUCCUCUCCUCAAGAGCAGUGUGUUCCGUGUCCGCUGGAUGAGAUGCUGUGUCCACCCACCACACCUGAGGGCUGUAACGACGAGAAGGCCCUGCUGGAGCAGCUGGUCACUUUCUUGAGCCGCACUGACGAGAGUGAGUUGGCCGAGCUGGACAGAGCAUUGGGCAUCGACAAGAUUGUUCAAGGUGGAUGCCUCGAACCUGUCACCCAGACCUUUCCUCAGUCUCAGCCUCCAACACCUGUUCCUAUGGACCCCAAGCUGCCUAGCUACCCCUCUCAGUUCCCCACCUCACCCUCACAGUUUCCUGCUGAGAUGGGCACAGCACAGGGCAUGAGUUUCGGGGCCCCACGGAUGGCGUUUCCAGGCAACGUGGGAGUGACGGUGCGGCCCGGCAUGAACCGAGCUCCUGGUGUGCCCAACCAGCUGCGGCUACCUCCCAACCAGCUGAGACUCCAGCUCCAGCAACGUUUGCAAGGCCCGCAGCAGCUCCAGAACAGGCUUGCGGCCAUGGGUCAGUUCCCACAAGGGGGGCAUGUUGCCAUGGGGAUGCGUCAGGGCAUGCAGCAGCCUCAGAUGCCCUCUCAGCCUCCACUCAAUGCUCAAAUGAUGGCCCAGCGGCAACGGGAGCUUUAUAGUUUCCAGCACCGCCAGCGGCAGCUUAUGCAGCAGAAGGUAUUGCUGAUGAGGCAGGGGAUGAACACAGGACCUCUGGGGGCUCAGCGAGUUCCUAAGAGCCCGCAGCAGCAACAGCCACCACAGCAGCAGCAGUUCGGUUUUUCUCCAGGCUACAAUGCCGUGCCUGGAAACACGCCUACCUCCCCAAGCCAUUUUAACCCCAUGGGAGGACCUCUGGACCCCAAGCUACCUACCAGGGUGGGCAUGGGAAACCAAGGCAUUAUGGGAGGCAUUCAAGGGCAAUUUGGUGGGCCUGUGAACACUCCUGUUCAACAGGGACUUUUCCAGCAGUUUGGGGGAUCUGGCAUGAUCCAGCAAGCAGAUCCAUCCUUCGCUCCUGAGCUUAGUCCAACCAGCCCCCUGCUUUCACCUCAGAACUCAGCCUCCCAGAAUCCUCUGCUCCAGCAAGCGCAGCCUCCACCUGGUUAUCAGUCACCUGACAUAAAGAAUUGGCAGCAAGGGGCCAUGGGCAACAACAGUAUGUAUAACCAGGCAGGCCAGCCUGUCUCUCAGAGCUUUGGGCAGCAAGGCGUGUAUAACAACAUGAGCAUCACCGUGUCAAUGGCUGGAGGGUCAGGAGCGGUGAGCACUCUACCUCCUAUUGGACCAUCUGUCGGCAUGGGCAACAAUAACCUUGGCAACGUCACUUCAAUGUGUAACGAUCAGGUACAGCAGGUUCAGGUGUUCGCUGAUGUCCAGUGCACGGUAAACCUGGUGGGAAGUGACUCCUAUCUUAACCAGUCGGGGCCCAUGGGGUCCCAGAAGGGCCCGAGCGGGACCCCCACAGCCCAGGCUCAGCAGAAAAGCCUCCUUCAGCAGCUCCUGACCGAGUGAGUCGCCCACCGUCUGCCAGAGGACCGUCUCCACAUGUAGAGAUUUUUAUUCUUCACCUUUGGUUUCUAUACAGUAUAUCUGCAGGGUCGGUGUCUGGGCCCAGGCUUGUGAGCUUUCAUAGCCGUUCGACAAAGUGCUCAUUCCUGGUCACCUUUUUAAAUGUCUGUUUCCGGAAAGGAGAAAGGAUCACGUUCCAGAAAUUGCCAAGCCUGUAAAAAAAAAAAAAAAAUAGGACCUGCUGCUUCAGCCGGCUGCACGUCCUGUCGGUCAGGCCAACGUUGCAGUGCUUCUUGGAGAGCAGCGCAGCAGCUGAGCUUGGAUUGGUCGAACUGGAAACUGGAGCAGGCUGUUGUCAUAGUGUUGCUAUAUUCAUGGUGUAUUGCUCAGUUUCAGCUGGAUCUGUGACUGAUAGGCUCUCCUCAGCAGUGCCUGAUGAUGGGAGGAAUUUCCCACCUCUUUUUAUUUGUUAGUCUGUUUUGUUUGUUGUCAUUUUGUUUUAUUUUUCUGUUUUUUUUUUUGUUUUUCUCUGUUGUCGUUUUCAGAACAAGCAUCGCCAGGAUGGGAGACUGCUCUGUAGUGCGUAUCCGUCUGCCGCAAGCUUUCCUGGCAGCACCGUUUUGAAACAGCAGACAUUUUUUUUAACCAUGUCCUACACAUUUCCCCCCCACAGCAGCUGUGAAUACGAGCCACUUAGGGUCAACUCAGCCUAUCAGUGUUGUUUGCGGCGACGUGUUGUGCAGGAUGGUAUUAUUGUACAGCACAAAUGGACAAAGUUGGGACAAGCUCACACUUUGUAAUUUCCUUUAAAAAUGAAACCUCAUCAAUUUACAGGCAACUCUUAUUUCGGAAGCAUCAACUUCACACCAGUUCCUUUCUAAUGACUUUGAGAAUCUGUCAUGUCACUUUUGUCAUUUUAAACGUAAUCAUCCAUGGGGCUCUCGCACGCUCUCAUAUAUCAAGAGACUCAAAUUUUUACGAUUGAUAUUGGUUAUCGAACACCCCGGUAAAUGUUACAAACCCUCUGUUGCAUUGCACGCAGUUGCGAAAAUGUAGAUUGUACAUUGAUUUUCAUUAUACAGUUGAGUGUUUCAAGAAUGCUCUUCAAAACCACAGGUGCUCUCUCCUGACUGGAGGAGCGAGGCGUUGUUUUGCGCAAUGUCCGUACCGUCGGCUGCAUUCUCUAGCUCUUUGACUGCUCAUGAGACUACUGUUGCCCAGUCACACACUGUUCAUCAGCGUUAUCCUUUGUUCAUUUACCCUACUAGUCAUCCCCGAUUGAUUUCGAACCUAAAGAUUUGCUAUUUUAAGUGAAACGUGCUAAUGUAAAAUCAAAUAUUUUUUAUUUUUUUGAUCAAAGAUGUCAAAACAAAAAGACUUGCUAUGUUAGAAAUUGAUGUCUCGCCAUUUGAUCACAAGGUAUUUCACAAAUCGUGCAACAUCAUUGGAGCACAGCUCGUAACCGCGUUGCAUGCGCAACCGUCUCACGUAUUUUCAUCCUCCUUUAACAGUGUUCUUUUGUUCGUGACACUAUAUAAAAAUGUCUAAUUUCGUAAAGCAGAUUCUCAGUCGUCUACGAAAUUCAGCCGGCAGUAUGUACUGUUGAGAUCGAGCCACUUUCUGCUAUGUAUAAAUGUACAUAGAUAUUUCAAAAAGCGAGAUUAAUUGACACAUACAUAACAUUUAAGUCAUUCAAGUCUGUGUUUUUCCCGUUUUUGGCUCACCGAAAAAACACAGAUGUCGUAAAUUAAUAAACUCUGCCCUCCUCUUUGGGGAACAGGCAUUCCUGUAUAGAUAAAAAUGUUUUUUAUGCAGUGGAUAAGAUUCAUUUAAUGAACCCUACCUGUCAUCAUUACCGUGUUUAUGCCAAAUAUACCAAACUAGCAAACAGCGCCUAUUAAUACUGUUUUUAUCGUUCUGAUUUCUCAUUUAUAACGGCUCUCACAGUCAAUACACAACAUCAAGGUACAAUAGAACUAUUCAGAACCUGGAUUAUCAAAGUAUUGUGUAUAUAACAGAUAAAUGUGAAUAUGUAUCUGUUCAGAAUCAACAAAAUGUAGUGCUCCGAGUUUGUGGUAAUAACUACUUGCUUCCAUUUUUUUUUCUUUCUUUUUUUUGAUAUGUGUAUGGCUGUCUGAAAGCGUGUAUGUGUGUGAUUAAUACUGUAUAUCUGGUGUUUAAAAUGGAAAAACAGACAAAUGUCCUGAUUUUGAUUUUCCUUUUUGUUUUUUUAUACCUGCAAUUUUUCCUGUGGGUGUUGAGAUUGCUCUAUAUGUGAGAAUGGUUUAGCGACUGCUGAAUGUGACUUUGCUGAGGGAGAAGCAGCAUGGACUGGCUUUUGUACGGGUUAAUUUAAAAAAAAAAAAAAGAAGAAAAAAAAAGGCCAUAUUAUUUAAUUUCUCUGUUGUCAAAGUUUAAACAGCUCUGACGAAGUGGAACCUUGGUUUGAGAACAGCACUGGCUUAUCGUAGUGGGGUUUCGUCAACUGCCUGAUGUAGUUUUUGCCAUGUGUAAACGCAUUUAAGACAAGAACGGAUAUAUGACCAAAGCUUCAAGAUACUAAAAGAUCCAUAUCAUAUGCAAGGUUCAUGCAAUUCGACAAAUGUAGCAUUGAGUUUUUCCUGAAUAGGUGUCCCGUAUCCCGUCAUGUUUAUAACACUACCACUUUGUCUUUACUUUUUGGACAUAUUCCCUUUUCAAAGAUGUUCAGUAGCGAUUUUCUUCAGAUGUUCCCCCGUUGCUACUGAUCUACCAAACAUGCAAAUGCCUCAUCGGGAGGAACUUUAGUCACUGUUUUCAGAAAGACAGAUUCCUAACCGCUAGCUAUGCACCUUUAGAGGUUUAAAUAAAAAGCUUUAGGCUUUUGUUUUAAAACUGACUACUCCAAAUGGAUUAUUGCCUUGAAUGCAAUAUUCCAGUAAUGCAUGCUGACAAAUAUCUCCAGUUUUUCUUCUAUUUAGUUUUUUAACUCAAGGAUAUACAUCAUUUGUAGUUCGAAACAAGUGGUUUCAAACUACUCGGGCUAAAAACGAGAAAACCAUACUGAUGCAACUAUACUUCGAUAUUUGACUUUAUUUAGCUGGAUUCUUUAUACCAAAUUUGAGGUGCCUCUUGUACAUAUUUUCAGCAUAGAGGACUGCUCCUCACCAUUUGAUGAACGUCAUCUUGUUUAUGAAGAUUUUCUUAUACUGACCUUUGUAAGACUUUUGCUGUAUUUUACAUGAAGUUUUUUACUAAAAACCUAAAUGUACCAGGAACUUGCAAGGAAUACAAUCUAAUUUUGCACUUUACACAUGAAUUACCAGGAAAGAGGCCAUGUUUAAAUCAGAAUAUAGCGUCAUGUUCGGAAAAAAAAAAAAAGAAUACCCCCUGAAUGUAUUUUUGCUAAGUGAAAUGCCAUUUUGCUUUCCACGAAAAAUCUAAACGUGUCUCGGGUUCUUCAGGAAGAACUUGGCUUGGUGGACCCUCAUCACUGGAUCCCUUAAAAGAGCAGGGUAGCGGAGACUUUGCUACAUGAGUGUUUUUCUGCUGCUGAACCAUAGAUCUAACUAUGCCUAUCUUCUUCAGGUGCUCCACCUCCCCUUUUCCCCGUCCUUUUAGUGAUUGCGUUCAAGUUCAGACCUUCUGGCUUUAUCUUUUAAAGACAUUCCUCAUCGUACUCUGCUUUCUGUUCAUCCUGGUCUGUAUCGUAGGCUUUGAAAGUCAUUUCAGGCCCCGCAUGCUCAGUGCCAAGUGCUAAGAACCAUUUAUGCCAACUUGUACAAUCUGCAUUUCCUCAUAUCAUAGUAGUGAAUCCUACGUAUCGACCACCACACACUCUCCUCGUCAUUCAGAUGUCAUCUCUAACACGGUAUCAUCUACAGUAGCUACUGUUUACCUGAGAUUUUUCACAUAUUGUAAGUGCUGCCUUAUUAAUAUCCAGAUAUUAGUUGUAUUGGUAAAGGGAAGUCAUGUGUUUGUAGCUCCACUGAAACGGCGCUUGUUCUUUCAAGGCAAGGUUCCACUUUUCACCUGUAAAAUUAAUAUAAAUAAACAAAUAUAUAUAGAUAUAUACAUUUUACUCAUUUUGUCCAGUUUUGUAUAAUACUUGUGAACUUUUUUUUUUUCCCUUUUCUUAAGAGGCAUCAUUGCAGCUGUGUGUGGGACAUAAUGAAUGAAGAUGUAUCUGGGAGACUUCUGCAUGUUUUGUCAUGUUUUUGUUUUCUCUAUAUCCAGGUUUAUCUGGAGAAUCCUACCUUUCUUAGGACGUUGUAGACAAUCAGUCACAUGCUGGGUCCAGCUCCUGCGGGAUUGUCCUGCGGGCUGCAAAACUGUUUCGCAUCUACUGAAUCGGUCUUAUUUUUCUUGUCCAUUUCAUGGAAUUUUGUGGCUGCUCAAACUGAGAUUUGAAGUUUACACACACAUACAUUUACACACACAUGCAUACAUAUACACUCAGACAAACAAGAAACACUCACUCGUGCAUAUGGCCCCUUUGUUGCUUUUCCAAGGUGUAGAUACAUACCUUGAAGGAAAUUAUGCUUUGACUAACAAAUCUCUAUAACAUCCAUGAAUGUGAGAAUGCAACACAUUGCAAUAAAGCACCAUGUAAAAAA